AUGGCCCUUGACUACAGCGUCCUUUUCACGAUCCUUGCAUUUGUGGUGUAUAUCGCACAUGCCGAUGUUGCUACCAAUUUUACGACUACCAAGACUAGUGAUCCAACAAAGAUCUCGAUUCCAAAUAUCCCACAAACCCAAUCUCAGGAUGUAGCUACCGAAUGCCAAUAUUACAAUAGCGAUUACACCAUUAAUAAGGCUGAAUGGCCCACCGUUUGGGAUAUUGCUACCUCCAACAACAUGAACACGACCCAAGAAUUCCAAAAUUUGUACAACUCAAUUGACUGGACAAAGGCCCCCAAGGCUCAAAUCCGUACCACCACCCCCGAUGGCGGCUUAAAUAUGCAAGGUUAUGAUCCCAGUGAUCCCGAUUGCUGGUGGAGCUCAAGCAAGUGUACAACGCCCAAGCAGCCAAACAUCAACGCUGACAUUGUGAAUUGCCCUGAGCCUGAGACAUGGGGUUUGACUUUUGAUGAUGGUCCAAACUGCUCGCACAACGCCUUUUAUGAUCUCCUUGAACAAAACAACCAAAAAGCUUCCAUGUUUUACAUUGGCUCAAAUGUGGUUGCAUGGCCCUAUGGUGCACUCCGUGGUGUCAAGGAUGGUCAUCACAUUGCAGGUCACACAUGGUCGCAUAAGAUGAUGACCACUUUGACUAAUCAAGAAAUCCUUGCCGAGUUGUAUUACACUGCAAAAGCCAUCAAGUAUGUCACAGGCAUUACUCCCCGUUAUUGGCGACCCGCUCUUGGUGAUAUUGAUGAUCGUGUACGUUGGAUUGCUACCCAGCUAGGCUUUACCGCUAUUCUCUGGAAUCUUGAUACAGAUGAUUGGGCAGCUGGUACUCAACCUGGUAUCACUGAGCAAACUGUCAACCAAAAUUACGAGAAUUUCAUCACCAUGGGAAAGAAUGGCACUUUUGCCAACUCUGGUAAUAUCGUUCUUUCGCAUGAGAUCAACAAUAUGACUAUGGACUUUGCUAUGAAGCACUAUCCCGAGAUCAAGAAUGCAUACAAACAUAUCACUGAUGUUGCAACUUGCAUGAACAUCACUCAGCCUUACCUUGAAGAUGUUCUUACAUUCCCUACGUUUGAGCAGUAUAUCAACAAUAGCACAUCACCAUCGGGUAAAUCGCUCUCUUCCGCAAAUGUCCAUGUCCCAUUAGCAUACCAAACAAGCGGUAUUCUAUUUGCUAUCGUCCUUUUCUUCACCUUUUUAGGCUAG